CUUUGACCGGUUUUUCAAAACUGAUCAGACGGUUGGAAAUGACCAAAACCGGCCCGUGCGCUGGUGCGAGCGACAUACACCCGAGAGAUCCUCCUCUAUAAAUCAAUCAACACGAAUUCCUUCCCUCUUCCUCUCUCUCUCUCUCUCUUCCCCAUCCUGUUGGUGUUACUGUUGGAGAUGCGCCUUCUGACAUUGUUGCUUCGGUGAACGCGAGAACGAAACGAUUCUCGAUCAUUCCGACGGUGGUGGUGGCGGCGAUGGUGAUGAUGAUGUUCGCGGCUUGAUCGUCACCGCCGGUGCCUUCGAACCCUCCGCCGUCGUCCGGCGGCCCUCUUCCGGUCUCCGAUUCGAGCGUUGGCCCCGGCCGGCUCGCCGCGAACUGCGAAGGUAGUUCGAUCCUCUCCCCGCUGCCUCUAGAGGAGCGUCCGCGGGCGAGGGCAACAGCCGCGAGAGCGAGCGAGUUCGGCCGUCGGGAUUGGCUCCGGCAGACCGAUGAUUUUGGUCGUCGGGUUGCGAUGAGAGGGAGCUUGUUCAACCUGAACCGGAGGACGGCGCAGAGAUUCAAGCAGCUCGCGAUCGCGUCCGUGAAGAUCAAGCUGCUCCUCCUGUGCUGCAUCGCUUUCGUUCUGGUCCUGCUCGCCGGCUGCGCCUCGGUUUUCCAAGGGGAGGACGCCAUCGGUGUUUCCUCCAAUCAGUUCUCCGAUUCUCGGUCCGUACAGAAAGGAUUUGCCCUCCUGAUUAACACGUGGAAGAGAAACGAUCUUUUGAAACAGUCCAUUGCCCACUAUGCCAGAUGUUCAUCGCUGGAUUCUAUUCAUAUUGUCUGGAGUGAGCCAGAUCCUCCAUCAGAGUCUCUUAAGAAAUUUUUGAAUCAUGUCAUCCAGUUGAACUCUAAAAGUGAUCGGAGAGUCGAACUAAAGUUCGAUAUCAAUAAGGAAGAUAGUUUGAACAACAGAUUUAAGCCCAUUACCGAUCUGAAAACAGAUGCCGUUUUCUCAAUCGACGACGACGUUAUAUUUCCUUGUUCAUCAGUAGAGUUUGCUUUUGAUGUUUGGAGAAGUGCACCGGAUACAAUGGUUGGAUUUGUGCCUCGAAUUCAUUGGAUUGAUCAGAAAGGUAGUGCCGAUCGCUAUGUCUAUGGUGGAUGGUGGUCCGUAUGGUGGACGGGUACAUACAGUAUGGUGCUCUCAAAGGCGGCAUUUUUUCACAAGAAGUAUCUGGAUAUAUAUACAAACCAGAUGCCAGCAUCAAUCAGAGAAUAUGUUUCGAGAAACAGGAACUGUGAAGACAUUGCAAUGUCAUUCCUCGUAGCAAAUGUUACCGGUGCUCCUCCUAUAUGGGUUAAAGGAAAGAUAUUUGAGAUUGGUUCCACAGGAAUUAGUAGUUUGGGAGGUCACAGCGAGAAGAGAACUCAGUGUGUCAACAGGUUUGUGGCAGAAUUCAGGCGGAUGGCCUUAGUAUCGACUACUGUGAAGGCUGUUGACAGCAGGAAUAUCUGGUUCUGGUGAGGCUAUAUUUUCUCAUACGCCACUGAUCGGUAUUUCCACGUUUUUUGCUGAUUUAGUGACGUUGUUCUGAUUCAACCAUUUGUUCACUAGGUGUAUAAUAUAUGAAAUUCGACAUAACUUGCCUAGAUAUUUUUUUGUCAUAGAAGCUAUCACGCUCUUCAGAUAUGGGUUGGUGUAUGGGAUCACGUUAGGAAAGGAUGAAGCCUGAGAUGGCUUUUCAUAUAUGUAAGGACACUCCAUGAUUAGUAGUGGAAUUGCUGUUUCAUUCCGUCUCUCAGACCGGUUAUUUAUCGAUGUGUGCACUUUUUGGCUCAAGAGAAAAUUGGUCUGUCGUCCAUUAUUUGAAGAA